AUGAGUUCACAAGCUACAGUUGAUGCACAAGCCACAAUGAAUGUUACACUAAAAGACAACGAGUCAACCUACCAGAUAGACAGCUACUACAGCAAUGACGAGAGCUACAACACCAUCAUGACCAUCGUCCUCAUCCUUAACAAAUAUUACCUCUGGAUUAUCCUAGCCAUAGGAUUACCUGGUAACAUAUCCACGAUAUUUACAAUCUCACGCAUGCGUAGUUUGGGCUCGUUUUCUCUGUACGUUGUUUUACUCGCAAUCGCAGACAGCGCUGCUCUGGUCCUUAAAGUCACCAUCUACCAGCUUUUAAACGACCAGGUUUACUUGACAACAGAAGGAUGCAGAAUCUUACUUUUUCUGGCAACAUUCUUCGCUUCUUACGCCAACUGGAUCCUCGUCCUGAUGGCAGUGGAGCGUCUUGUAGCUGUAAAGUUUCCGCUGAAAAUACAAAGGUACCUUGGAUACAAGAAGUCUAUCAUGUGGAACGUCAUUGUGGGAGUGUCUCUUGCAGUCAUGUACACACCGAUUCUCUUGAUGUACGACUUUGAAAUCACCAACAUCGGAUGCUACAUUCAUAAAGAACCAAUCUACCUCAUCGUUUACCUGAAAUGGGUAAACAUCUGUUUACUAGCCUUCAUCCCGUUCAUCCUCAUAGCACUGUUCAACGUGCUUAUCCUGGGCAUCAUCCGGCAGUCAUUCAAAGAGCGGAACUUGCUGACCAACACUUCCAGCAGUACGGACAUGUCCACUCUCAGACAGACCAUGCUCAUGUUGUUCACCUCAACUCUGGUCUUCGUCAUCCUCAUGUUUCCAGCCUGCGCCUUGACAGUCGCAGAGUCUUACUGGCAGGAGGAGAUCCACACCAGGGGAUUUGUUCUCAAGUACUUGUUCAGUCAGAUCUCGUACAUUCUCGUGGACUCCACGCAUGCGCUGAAUUUUUACCUGUACUUUUUGAGUGCGCGGAAGUUCAGGAAACAGUUCAACGAACUCUGGACAUGUAAGCAAACCAGUGUCCAGCGAGCCAAUUUAGCACUCAAGUUCCAGUAUGGUUUCCAGCGGCUGUCCCUUCGAACAUCUACCAGCAACAGACAAACGGCAAUAUAA